AUGAAACAAUUAAUGCUUAACAUGGUGAAAACCUACAAGCAAAUGAACAAACCAGAUGAUAAACAAAAUAUUAAAAAAUAUGGGAGCAUCUAAUAUCCAGAAUGCUCCUUAGGAGGAAAUCAUAGUGGAGAAAUAUUGAGUUUAAUUUGUUUAGAGAAAGAGUGUUAAUAAAACCAAAUAUUAUGUUGUUGCAUAUGUUAAGAAGAAUUUCAUAAGGGACAUUAACUGAAACCACUAAAGUUACUGUUAUGCGAAUAUGAUUAAAAACAAAGAGAAUUUCAAAGUGUAACUUUAAAAUAAAGUGAAAAAGAUCUUCUAGUAAAAAAGAUUAAUGAAUAAGAAAUUAUAUCUUUAGAAUAAACUCGAGACCUCUAAUAGUAAAUUGUUUAAAAAUUGAAUAAAAUUUAGGAUCAUUAAAAAUAAUUUUUUGAAAAUUUGCGAAAAUUGGUAAAAUUAAGAGAAAUAGACAAUGGAAAUACAUCUUUGGUAAUUGAAAAUAUACUCAAUAACUAAGAAAAUAGUUAAUUAUUCGGAAAAUUUGUAAAAGAGCUAUUAGAUGCGUUGAUAAUUUAAGAAUUACCUGAUUAAGAUCUAGGUUAUGAGGAAUUAAAUAAAGCAUUUGAUUUUCACAUUAAAGAUUAAAGUGAUUGUAUAAGACAACUGGAGAAACAAAUAUUCAUCGGAGUUCAAUAAUAGAUAGAAUUUCUGAUGUAGAAGACAUCAAAAUCUGUAGUCUAAUAAUCCUAUCAAUUUUAAUUCUUGCCCAACAAUAAACACCAUUAGGUAGAUAUAGUUGAGCCUAAAAUUGUAAAAGCAAGCUAAUCUACUCAUGGAUACAAAUUUGCAGUUAUGAAUCCAAGUUUGGAUAAAAACAAGGUUACAGUUUUUGGAUUCAAAUUGAAUAAUGUUCAUUCAAGUAAUUGGUUAGCUGUUGGUGCUUGUCAUUUAUCUGUAGUAUAGAGUAAGCAAUUUGGAUUUGCAUUUUAAUCUCUUGGACAUGGUGGAUAUUUGGUGUCAUCAAAUGGGGGUGCUUGGUCAAGUACAACUGCAAAUCAAAAUAACGUUGUUAAGUGUUUCAAGUUUGCUAAAGGUGAUGUGAUAGUCUGCACUUAUGACCCUAAGAAUGAAACUUUGACUUUUAAAAAAUAGAAAACAAAAACAAUAUUCAAAUUGGAUGUGCCAAAAUCUGAUAAUGAUCUACACCCUUGUGUUCUAUUUUAUUAUGCCUUAGAUGAAGUUGAAUUUAUGUCAUCGGAUGCAAUAAAUAAAUUGAAUCCAUCUGAUGCAAUAAAUAUAUUGAAUCCAUCUGAUACAAUAAAUGGAUUAUGA